AUGACAAUGUCUACAUCUAGUACUAGUAGUGGCAAAUCAAGCGAGGGGAAGAGAAACGAACGAAAUUACACGGGUGUUCGGAAGAGGAAAUGGGGGAAAUACGUAACGGAGAUCAGAUUACCGAAUAGCCGGGAAAGGAUUUGGUUAGGUUCAUAUGACACACCGGAGAAAGCAGCUAGAGCUUUUGAUGCUGCGAGCUACUGUUUACGUGGACGAAAGGCGAAUUUGAAUUUCCCGAACUGGAGUACAAAAUUAGCUGAUAUGGUGUGUGGCAGUGGCGGGCGUUCUUCACUCACACCAACUGAAAUCCAGAACAUUGCAACUAAAUUCGCAAACGAGGAGCAUCAUGAUCAGGAUGAACAAGAAGUGAUUAGUAGUACUGUUAUUCCAAGCUGUAGAGAUGAUCAUAGUUUUAGCAGCACCACCACGACGCCAAUAGCUAAUUCAGAAUUCUGCCACUCUUCAGAAGCUUCAUCUUCAUACGCUGCAUCAUAUUCGUCUCCAAUGUUCUCAAGUGCAGCAUGCUCGUCGCCAAUGUUUUCAAGCAUUACGGAUACUGAUAAUGUGUAUAAUCCAUCAAUGGACUGGUCAUUCUUGGAUUUAUUAAACAUGCAGCCGCAGUCAGCUGAUAGUAGUAUGGCACCAUCCACGGCUUAUUACGGAAGCAGUAUAUUCGAUGAUGAUCUUCCAAUUGAAUAUUCCCUUCCACCACCGGAAAUUGAUGAUCAAGAAAUGUCGACGAUUCAAUAUCCCCAACAAUCUUUUCUUUGGAAUUGGUAG